CCUUCUGUAUCUUAGAUGCAAUGAUAUUAUUCACAAGGCUCAGAUGAAGAGGAACUACUUGGCUUAUACUGGGCUCCUUUGGCUAUUUGCUGACUCUCACUCUGAACUAGAAGUGAGGGGAAGGGAUCUUGUGCUCUGCCACCAGGCAACUGGGAAUUUCUCAAGGUGGAAAUUGGGAUUUAUUUGCUGGCAUUCUGAAAGAUUGCUUAUAAAGAAAUCCUUGGACAUUUACUAUAUUAUAAGAGCUGAAGCUGCUUGAUAAUGGGAAACAGGUGCGAAUAUGAGGUUUAAACCCCCACGCUGCAUGUUGGCAAGGCUCUCCUACUCCUCUGAAGAGAUCCAGCAAAAACAGCCAACCUCCAGACGUUGAAAGAUUGCACCUCAAUCAAAACAUCGAUCAAGUGCAGCCUGACUUGUGGCUUCUUCAUUCUGGCAACAUCAAGAUCACCAAGUGAGAUAACAGAAAUUCGUGCCAACAGCUGGCAGAAUCUCUCUCUGUCAGUGGAAGGCGAGUGCGGUUUGGUCAUUUUUUGAACUCGGGAGAAGAUGCCCGCCAUCCUGGUGGCCUCAAAGAUGAAGUCAGGACUCCCUAAACCCAAACCAGUUCACAGUGCCCUUCCAAUCCCCCAGACCCCAAGCAGACCAUCAGCUUUAGCUCUGCCUUCGGCACCUCUCAAGAGCCACAUCGCCUCAGUGGGCCAGCAGGUGCCCUCAAGAUCCCCAAGAAAUUCUCCGGAGUCGGAAGCAGCUGGAAACCCUCAGAUCUACACGGACUGGGCCAACCACUACCUUGCAAAGUCGGGACACAAACGUCUCAUCAAGGACCUCCAAACGGACGUGACAGAUGGAGUGCUGCUGGCUGAGAUCAUACAGGUCGUCUCCAAUGAGAAGAUUGAUGAUAUCAACGGUUGUCCCAAGAGCCGUUCUCAGAUGAUUGAGAACAUAGAUACUUGUCUAAGUUUCCUGGCAGCUAAGGGAGUGAACAUUCACGGUCUGUCUGCAGAAGAGAUUCGGAAUGGGAAUCUGAAAGCAAUUCUUGGACUCUUCUUUAGCUUAUCCCGCUACAAACAGCAGCAACAGCAGGUUCAGCGGCAAAACUCCCAGCCCGCUCUUCCACCGACGGCACAAACCCAGAACACACACUCUUCCCUCAGCCAGCAGAGCAGCGCUCCGGCACAGCUCAGCCACUCUCCGCAUGGGACUCCUGCCCCCACAGCGCAGAAAGCAGCACAGGCCGAAAUGCAGUCCAGACUUCCUGGCCCGGCAACGAGGGUGUCCACUGCUGGCAGUGACAUCCCUCCCAGAAGCUCGGUCAGCGCUGCUGGGAACAGACGCAGUCAGGGCUGCGGUGACAAGACCAAAGCAAGUUUACAUUUGAACAAAGAUUCCUUGGAGGGCAUGACCUCACAGCCAUCUGUGAUGAGUGAGCAUGUUCCAUCAUCUGUAGUGACUGUCGGCUCCUCCACCAGUGCCCUAUCUGCUACCUCCCACCUGGUUCCUCCUUCUUCCUCAUCCUCCGCUUCAACUGCUAUUCCUCAACCCAACAGUAGCAGCAAGCCCUGGAGGAGCAAGUCUAUGAGCACCAAGCACACUGCCUCCCAACCCCUUUCAUCCACUAGCAACCCAGCCUCUGCAAUGCAGUCCAGUAAGCAAGAGAAGGACACAUUCUCCAAGGCUGUUUCAACAGCUGAAGCUCCUCAGAAAGCUGUCACUCAGAAAUCGAUGCUUGAGAAACUUAAGCUCUUUAACAGCAAAGGAGGAUCAAAAACUUCCUCGGCAGUGCCCCAGCCAGACACUGUUGCCCCAGUCAGGCAGCCUGGAGCAGCGCAUGUGGAGAGAUCUGAAACUGGCUCAAACACGGACCCUCUAGAAGAAGAAGAUGGUAACCUCCGACCAGGAAUAAAUGGAACCAGCAAUGGGACAACAGCACCCACCACAGUUUCAACAACUGCCAGCAGCCCCAAAAUCGCUCUGAGGGGCAUUGCCCAACGCACUUUCAGCAGAGCUUUGACUGCCAAGAAAGGUUCUGUGAAAGGCCCGGAAAAGGACAAGGAAAAAGGGAAGGAGAAAGGGAAGGAAAUGGGAAAACGCAUCCCUGAUAGAACAGAGCUGAGGGGGGAGGAGCCUAAGGAGGAAGCAGCGGCAUCCGUUCCUGCAGAUGUGGAUGGGUCACACAAAAAGACCUCCAAAAUUGCUAGUUUCAUUCCUAAAGGGGGGAAAGUUGCCAAAAAGGAAUGUUCCACCCCAGCACAUAGUGGAAUACCAAAGCCAGGAGGCAAAGCCCCGGGAGCUGGGGGCAAAGCUUCUUCAGUAAAGGAGGCAGGGGAGAGGCCUCGGAGCAUGCGGCUAGGGGGAGGUGGACUUGUCAUGCACCGUGGACCCCUGGAAAGAGACAGGGACAGCAGGCACUCCAGCUCUACCUCCAGCCUGGCCUCCACAGAAGGAAAGCCCAGCACCGCCCCUGUGGCAGGUUUAGGCACUACACAGAGCACAGCCAGCAACACUGUCAGCGUGCAGCUACCUCAAACGCAACAACUACACAGCCACCCCAACACAGCUACUGUCGCACCCUUCAUGUACAGAAGCCAAACAGAUGGAGAGGGAAUGGUAAACUCUGAGAGCAGUUUAAUGGGAAGAGGUGGAGACGUUUCCUGCACAAAGACCAGCCAGACCUCCAUCGAGGACCUUUCAGGUGAAGACCAAGAGACAAGACGGCUGCGCUCCGUCAAAAACAUCGCAGACUUGCGGCAAAACCUGGAGGAGACCAUGUCCAGUCUUCGAGGAACUCAGGUCACACACAGUACUCUGGAAACCACUUUCGAUGGCAGUGUCACAACAGACAGCAGCAGUGGUGGUGGUCGAAGCAUCCUCAGCCUUACUUCUGCCCGCUCCUCGCUGUCACCAUGGCGACUGGGACAGUCCAGCCCUCGUCUGCAGGCAGGUGAUGCCCCUUCUGUGGGAAAUGGUUACAGCAGCCGGGUGGCUGGUGGCGGGCCGGGAGGACGCUACUUGUACCCCGGGCACCUGCGGAGACAGUUGGCCGGCAGGGGAGGAGCUCUGUGCAGCGUGGAACUUGGAGACAGGGCUGGAGAGGAACUGGAGCAGGAAGGCACCGCCAUGGAGGUCACUGGAUACAUGAGUGAUGGAGAUGUGCUGAGCAAGCAUGUUGUGCGCACUGAUGACGUCACCAGUGGCUACAUGACUGAUGGAGGUUUGGGUCUCUACACUCGCCGCCUGAACCGACUGCCUGACAACAUGGCUGCUGUCCGAGAGACGCUCCAUCGGAAUAUGUCACCAGGACAGGGAGAUGCUGAUAGCUGGGAUGACAGCAGUUCGGUAAGCAGUGGCAUCAGUGACAACAUCGACACAGAUGACAUCAACACCAGUUCUUCCAUCUCCUCCUAUGCCAACACACCUGCAGCACAGCGCAAAGGCCUCAAUACACAGCCUGUGACGGAUGCAGAGAAGCACUCUGCCUCCACAACAGUUCACCAAGCUUGGACAGGAGACGAGGUGAAGAAGCCAGAGGGAGGACCAGAGGGCGGGGUCAGGAUGGAUACAGGUUCCAAGUGUAGUCGCAGGAACUGUGACGUCUCCGAUGAAUCCGACAAAGGCUGCUCGGGGAGAAGGACGCCCUCUGUGUCCAACACGGGCUCCUGGAGAAGAGGCAUGACCACUCAGGUGGGGGUAACGUCACCCCGGACAAAAAGCACCAGCAGCACUGGGUCCACAGUUUCAGUUGGCCUGAAGAGCCACGGUUCAGGCAAAACUGAUGAUGUGAAGGUUUCAGAAAAAGGACGGCUUUCUCCUCGCUCUAAUGGCCUCCAGCGUUCGCCCUCAGAUGCGGGGCGCAGCAGCGGUGAUGAGGCCAAAAAGCAGUCCGUCCCCACCAGCCGCACGAUUGCAAACCCACUCACACACACUAUCUCAGACCCACAAUCCCACACGCAUAUGCUGUCCACCCGUACCCCAACCAGCGCCUUCGGCUUUAAGAAGCAAGGUCCUGGCAUGGUAACCAUGGUAACCUCAAGUGGUGCCACUGUCACCAGCGGAUCAGCCACAUUGGGAAAGAUGCCUAAAUCUGGGACGCGCUCUCUGUCAGGAGGCUUAAAAUCGGGUGGGCAUGAUGGAGGCUCUGCAAUGGGUCACCAUGAUGACGGCUUCCUCCCUAUGAGUGCCCGCUCCACGCUGCAGUACCGCAGCCUGCCGAGACCAAGUCGCUCGGGAGCAGCCGCACGUAACGGCAAUCGCUCUUCCACCAGCAGCAUCGAGGCCGCCGUGCUCUCCGUCACCUCUCAUGGGAAGAACUCCUUUACCAUUACCAAGCCAAAUGGCGCGGCGGGCCUGCUGGCCAAUCAGACGGACCGGGAGAAGGGUGUGUCAGAGGUCGAUAACCUAAGAAGUGGAGGUGGGAUGCAGAGCGGAGGAGGAGCAGCAACGGGAAGACAGCAGGUUUCCUCACCUACGCUACGCAGGUUAUUUGGUGGUAAGGCUAAUAAACAAGCACCAGUCACCACAGCUGAAAACCUGAAGAACUCCACUGUCAUCUCCAACCCCCAUGCCACCAUGAACCAUGUUCCUACAGUGCUAGAGUCCCCUGAUGGAGUGCUGGGAGGUGGGGACAGUGAAACCAGCAGCCCCCUACUUAGUUUGAAAAUUGGCAAACCUCAUCUUAGACUUAUUUUACAGGCCUCCAGCCCAGGAUCAAUUUACUCCUCCACGGGUCCAUCCAACAGCUUGACAUGGGGAACCACUUUCAGUGGUUCUUCUGUCCCCAGCAGGGAGAGCACUCUGGGUGGACAUGGCGGGGCAGGCAGCGUGGGCUUCCCCUCCGUCAGCAGCAUGCACACCAGCAGCGAGUCCAUCGACAUGAGCCUGAGCAGUGCCGGAGGUGGCGGUGGAGGACAUGGAACCCACAGGGAGGACACACUGUCUGCUCUAGGUCGCACCGGCAGCGUCAAGACUGGCAUGUCUGAGAGUCCCCUCUCCUCGCCCUCCGCUAGCCCCAUAUUCAGCCGAAACACGCUACCUCGGAGGCAGGACAGAGGACCACAUUGUGGUAGAAACACUCUGCCUAAGAAGGGAUUCAGGUAUGGUCCGUCACAACAGCUGCGAGGUCAUGAGGAUCGUGACUGGCUGCGCUCCCACUCCACCAGCGGGCUGCAGGACUCUGCCAGUAACUCCCCAUUCUCCCCUGGCUCCAGCCUCACCUCUCCGUCUGGUACUCGCUUCAACUUUGGACAGCUGGCAUCCAGCCCAACCUCUGCUGGUCAGAUCAACCUCGCUGGUCUGCGCAACAACAGCCUGACAAAUCAGGAUGCCCCUUUUGACCCGUGCAGCGACAAUCGGCUGAGGAACUCAUGCAUGUCGCUGGACGAGAAGACUCGCACGAUGAGCCGAUCAGGAUCUUUCAGGGACGGCUUUGAAGAAGUUCAUGGAUCAUCUCUGUCUUUGGUUUCCAGCACCUCUUCCAUUUACUCCACGAACGAAGAGAAGUCUCAGUCGGAGAUCCGAAAGCUACGCCGGGAGCUGGAUGCCUCCCAGGAAAAGGUUUCCGCCCUCACAACACAGCUGAGUGCUAAUGCUCACCUGGUAGCAGCGUUUGAACAGAGUCUGGGCAACAUGACCAUUAGACUGAAGAGUCUGACUCUGACUGCAGAGCAGAAGGACUCUGAGCUGAAUGAACUGAGGAAGACCAUUGAGCUGCUGAAGAAGCAGAAUGCUGUCGCUCAGGCUGCCAUUAAUGGAGUCAUCAAUACACCUGAACUUGUACCUAAAGGAGAUCGGACAGCUGGCAGUAACAGUACGGUACAGCAACAGCAGCCAGACCUGCGAAUCAGACGGCAGCACUCUUCAGACAGUGUCAGCAGCGUUGCCAGUGCCACAAGCCACUCCAGCGUGGGCUCCAACAUGGAUGCAGAUGCAAGGAACAAGAAGAAGAACAAAAAGAACUGGCUGCGAAGCUCUUUUAAACAAGCUUUCACUAAGAAAAAAUCUCCCAAAUCUGCCUCGUCUCAUUCGGAUAUUGAAGAGAUGAUGGACUCAUCCCUGCCGUCCUCCCCCAAACUGCCUCACAACGGCACUUCAGCCCCCGGCCACAUCCUCAGGAACACACAGUCCAACACACUAUUGUCAGAAUGUUUGGACAGCGAGGCAGAGACGGUGAUGCAGCUGCGGAGUGAACUCAGGGAAAAGGAGAUGAAGCUGACAGAUAUCCGCCUGGAAGCUCUCAGUUCUGCUCAUCAACUGGACCAGCUUAGAGAGGCCAUGAACCGCAUGCAGUUGGAGAUUGAAAAGUUGAAGGCUGAGAAUGAUCGUCUGAAGGUGGAGAGUCAUGGCAGCAGGACAGGAUCUCAGGUGUCCAUCUCAUCCUCUCCUCCCCCUCACACACAAAGUCAGACCCCAGGACCCGGUCCGGGACUAUCGCAGCACAGCCUCAACCUUCCUACCAGCGAGUCUACCAGCCUGGAUAUGCUGCUGGACGACACAGGUGGAGAUGGUGGGAUGAGGAAGGAGGGCCGACACGUAAAGAUUGUCGUCAGCCUGGAUGAAGAAAUCAAGUGGGGGGAGGAGGGCCAGUCUCGCCACUUUCUGAUUGGCUGCAUUGGUGUGAGCGGCAAAACGAAGUGGGACGUCUUAGAUGGAGUGGUCCGACGCCUCUUUAAGGAGUACAUUACCCAUGUGGACCCGGUGAGCCAGCUUGGCCUGAGCACAGACAGCGUGCAGGGUUAUAACAUCAGAGAAAUCCAUCGGCCCAGCAGCUCCAGCACAGCCAGCACGCCUGAGCUGCUGCCCUGCGGCUAUCUGGUGGGCGACAACAGCAUCAACAUCCAACUUAAAGGUUCGAGCAGCGAAAAUGUGGACUCACUCGUGUUUGACACGUUAAUCCCGAAGCCCAUGCUGCAGCGUUACGUCUCCCUGCUGAGGGAGCACAGACGUGUCAUCUUGUCAGGGCCGAGCGGCACAGGGAAGACCUACCUGGCCAGUCGGCUGGCUCAACACCUUCUGCUCCUAGAGGGCCGUCCUCUGACACCGAAUGUUGUCGUCACUUUCAACGUGGACCACAAGUCCAGCAAGGAACUGCGUCAGUACCUGUCAGGGUUGGCACAGCAAUGCAGCAGUGUCUCUGGGGAAGACAGCCCUCUGGUGGUCAUUCUGGACAACCUCCAUCAUGUCAGCUCUUUGGGAGAGAUCUUUAACGGCCUCUUCAACUGCAACUACCAGCACUGCCCAUACAUUAUUGGCACCAUGAGCCAAGCCACAUCAUCUGCCCCCAACCUGCAGCUUCACCACAACUUUAGGUGGAUACUGUGUGCCAACCACAUGGAGCCAGUAAAGGGAUUCCUCGGUCGAUACCUGAGGAGGAAGCUGAUAGAGAUGGAGAUCAGCAGCCGAACACGCAAUGUCGAGCUGGUAAAGAUCAUGGACUGGGUCCCGCGGGUUUGGCACCACCUGAACCAAUUCCUGGAGACCCACAGCUCCUCUGACGUCACAAUCGGACCUCGCCUCUUUCUGUCAUGUCCCAUGGAUGUGGAGGGAUCCAGGGUUUGGUUUACUGAUCUCUGGAAUUAUUCCAUCAUCCCCUACAUGCUGGAGGCAGUACGCGAAGGACUGCAGCUGUAUGGCCGCAGGGCUGCGUGGGAGGACCCAGCAGCCUGGGUGAUUGACACAUACCCCUGGUCACCAACUCCACCUCCGGGCGACUGGCCUCCGCUGCUCCAGCUUCGCCCGGAGGAUGUGGGCUUCGAUGGCUACUCUGCACCAAGAGAAGGUUCUAGGAAAGAGCUGCAACAGAGCGACAGUGAUGCAGAUCCACUGAUGAAUAUGCUGAUGCGUCUGAAGGAAGCAGCAACAUCAUCGAGCCCACAGAGCUACGACAGCGACUCCAACAGCAACAGUCACCAGGACGACAUCCUCGACUCAUCACUAGAGUCGACCUUGUGACAACGCCAAAACACAACAGUUUGAACAUUUUUAAUAUGUUCUCAUUGUGAGAACUUCAUGGCACACAAUGCAGCCACAUUCAUUUGGGUGCAGGUAACCCAAGUAGUAAAAGACAAGUUUCUUCAGCACUGCCGUGAUUUUUUUUUUCUUCACCGCUGUGGCCCUUGGUUCCUCUGUCUGAAGUCUGAUGUUUGCUUCAGCAGAAAGUAGAAGCACACAGCCUGUCCCUGUUGGUGAGGCAUCUCUUUUACCAUAAUCAUGAGUCAACAGUUUACUUUAGCACCAGCUAUGCUGCAGCCCCUUCGCCUCAGAUUUUAAAGAUACUCUUCUUGCACAGCUGCAGUGCACCUGUCCGGCCUGCAGAUGGCGAUUCAACUCAAGUUCUCUUGCACCUGAACCACCAGUGAGUUUAUUCUCUGCAGCUCAAGUAGUCUGAGUGACUGUUGUUGGACAAACCCAGCCAAAGUGAAUUUUCAGUUGAACAGGACCUGAUUCAACUUUUUUUCUGAAACUUUACAAAUGAAAAAUAUCUAAGAGAAAAUCUCCAUGCUCAGUUUCUUUUUUCUGCAUAUUCAGAUGAAAAUACUGUUUUUUUUUUUUUUUUAAUCACUCUUUGUGAAUUACUAGUUUUGAGCUGGUCCUUAGAAUUAGACGUAGUGAAUAUUCCGACCACAUUUAAUCCAAAACUUGCUUUAUUACCUAACCUACUGGUUUAAUCAAUUAAUGUAAUUUUCUUACAAUUGUCCACAACAGAGUGAAAUGACACAAGGUUAUUCAAACAGGAACUGCAAUUAGAUAAAAAUAGGCUCAGUGCUUGAUUUUUUUAAUCUCCUUCUCUAGUUUAAUAAUGAAGUACAGAGAUAUGACAAACUUUAAAAAGAUGUAAUUUGACUUCAGGUAUCUGAUUAAGAAAAGAAAACAUUUGUGAUUCCAGUUUUUUUUUUUUUCUUUUUCUUUUAAAUUUUGAAAAGACAGUUUGAAUGUAAAACAUUAUUUUUCUCCAGAACAGUUGCAUACUUUUCAGAUGGAUUACCCAUUAAAGAUGCAAAUGGUCUAAAUUAGGCAUGGGUGAAAAUAACUGUUAUUGUGUUGACAAUAAAACAGUUAAUGUUAAACAGUAACAGAAGAAUAUAAUAUAAACCACUGCAUAUAGUAUAAUUGCUUAGUCAUGUUUUGAAAUAUAAACUCAGCAUUUAUUGAUUCAUCUAUCAUACAAGUCAAUUAUUAAUCUACAUGAUACUGUCAUUUUUAAGGGUUUGCGAUUUAAAUUUAGAAUUUAUUAUUAUCACUAAAUUACUUAUUUUAUCAGGUUUUUCUUUAUAGUAAUGAUAAACAGUACAAUAAUUGCCAACAACUUGCCUCAAGUUUACCUUUGAGUCAUCUGUGUUUCAGUAUUUGGGUUAAAUAUGGAGAAUCAAAGACAAAUGCUCAUGUAGCUUUAAGGAUAUAAUUGGUGGUCAUACCAGGUGUGGUACCAUAACAGGUGAUGAAAUAGGAUUUGCUUACAGUUAGGUGGAGGGCCUUCAGGGCUUUCUGGAUUAUAUAGAUAAGACCUGAACUAUUGACAAAAAUUCAAUAAAAAUCAAUGCCCUGUCUUGGACAAAAAUUGGGUGAAAACCAAAUAUAAAGAAAUGUAAGUUUGGAAACAUUUGAAAUUUUCAAUUAAAUGUGUAGGAGGUUUAUAAGUAACAUUUUAAACUACAUCUUAUUUUGUUUUGUGAUCUAAUUAACCCAGGGGUGUCAAACUCCAGUCCUCGAGGGCCAGUGUCCUGCAACUUUUAGAUGUGUCCCUGGUCCAACACAUCUCAAACCAAAUGGGUGUCUUUCCUCCUCAGUAGGCAGUCAAGUUCUCCAGAGUUCUGCUAAUGAUCUAAUUAUUUGAUUCAACUGUGUUGAAGCAAAGGAAAAUCAAAAAGUUGCAGGUUACUGGCCCUCGAGGACUGGAGUUUGACACCUGUGAAAUAACCAAACCUUUGUUGUGCAUUUCCUUAGACGUAGAUCUUGGAAAAAGACAUUGAUAUGAAUAUUUUUAUAUACAUAUCAAUAGACUAUUUGACCAGUCCCUAAUUUGACACACUAUUUCAGAUCUAUUACCCAAGAUUGUGUGCACAAAGAAUCUGACCUUGGUUUCAAGCGCUUACAGACAUUAAGUAUAAAUAUAUAAACUUUAGAGAACUUCAGAGGAGAUCUCUUUAAUAAAGAUUGAAGAAUAAUAUUCACUAGAAUGGUGAAUAUUAUUGAAUGGUUGAAUGGAACAAAUUUUAAAUAAGCUACAACAGAAUCUACUUAAAGUUUAAUCAGAAGCAGAGGAUGCUCACUGGAAUUCACUUUGGAGAGAUUUGUCCUCUAAAUGUUAGCUGAGAUGAUCUUCCCCUGUGUGAUUUCUUGUGUAAUUCGUUGCCUUCAUUCAUUACAACGUUUUGACUACUUUAACCCCUUAAGUCCUCAGAUCUUUCCUUGCACAUCGGGCCCAUACAGGCUUUUGUAGCACAAAUCUCCUUUUGGUGCUGGACUGAGUUCCAACAAACAAUGCCUUACUCUUUACUACCAGACGACGUGCAUUAGCUGUGUAUUUGUCUCAAUGGUUGAAAACUUAACAGGGCUCCAAGUCGAGCUCUCCUCGGUCGGCUGCAGUUAUCGAGGAACGCUGUCAACCUCUCAUAUCAAUCACCGUUGUUGUGGGGUUGAACAGAUGUGAAUGAGAAGCAGUGCUUUUGAAUUAAUGAUCUAUUGUUUUGUUUGUAGCUCUUUUUGCAUGAGUGAUCUAAUGUUAAGAUUGUAAAUAUGAACCACUAGAAAAAAAAACUAAUAUUUCAGUGUGUUUUGGUGCUUGAAAUCAGAACCUGUUGGUGACUUCAGGCAGAAGAGUUGUUGAUUUUGUACCUCAUCUCCCAUCUUUUAACUGUUUCGUUCCAAUUAUGUGAACCAGACAUGUUAAACUAAUUGAGAACUAGUUUCAAAGCUGCUUUGUUUAUAAAAUUAGAGUUAAGAGGUUAUUAAUAUAAAAGGUACAUGUGAAAAUGAUUAUAAAGGGUUAGGCAUGUCUAUUACUUUAAAACCUUCUGCUUUUUUUCCCAUUAAACCUCCAAGCCUGCCUUCUGGGAGGUUUAAAGACCGAGAAAUAAAGUCCAUCACUUUCAAUCUUUUACUCACCGAUCCUAUGCAACAUUCAUUCUAAUCUAGAACAUAAAAGUGAACAUAGAUUUCUCCCCCAGUUUAAAGAUGCAGCUUUGUGGCCAGCAUACUUGUUUUUGUGUUUGUCUGUUAAAUUAGUUUUAGCCCACUGCUGUUGUUGCAAGCACAAGAAGUUCUGCAAGUCCGUGUAAAGCCUGCUCUGUUAGGUGUGAAUGUUGUCUGAAGCAUUUGACUGGUCCAUCAUUUUAUUACUCACAAACUCAAUGAAUGUUUAGAUUUCAUAGUCAUGUACAUUUUGUAUAUGUAAGAUAACUUUGUAAAUAGAUGUUUAUCUUGCAGAAUUUAGAUUUUUUUUUUUUAGUUGAUUUGGUAUAAUACUUGAAAAUUGGUAUUUUGUGUACAGUCUCUUUGUGUCAGAGCUGAUUAAUGUCAUCACUUGUUUGUCCAGGACUCAGAGAAUUGAAUCUGAUUUCACUGUACUAGUCUUAAAUUAUUGUGAUUCAAUAAAUUUAUUAAUUUAUAACAUAAUUUUGUUCACUUGUAUUCAAAGUUCUGAUCUCAUCGCUGUGCACCACUUUUCAAUGUUUUGUGUAUUUUUGCUCAUAAGAUACGAUUCUACAGUUUUUGAGCAGUCAGUGCUCUGGUUUUGUUAAAGAUGAACAAAAAUAAUACAGAGCUUGCUGAACAGAUCUUAAGGUUGUCACUUGAAGAUAAUUUGGAGCAUUGAAGGCUGUGAAACGUACAGCUUGUUACUCACGGUGAGCAAGUAACCCUGCACCAAAAGAGUGUUUCAGUAUGUUCAGUGCACUGCGAUAUUAAAGUCAGACAUUGUUGCUGAGUAAUUUUGAAUACCUAAGGGAAAAGUUAACAUGUAGGGUUUUGCUUUGGUUAAAAGUCUGAAUAAACGUGUGAUAAAUUGAGAUUUUAUUGAUCAGUUGAUUAAAGGACGCAGCGAGAGAGUUCGUCUUCUCUCUAGUUUUGUUUUAGUGGUUUUUGGAGCUGAUUGUACCAGCUGUAUAAUGUGCCCGUUCAAUCUGUGGGUGUCAAAUAUUUAAUUACGCACCACUCUAUUCACAUCAAAGCCUUCAGGUGUUUUAUGGCUUACAGUUUAGUGUCUGUGUGCCGACACUGACCUCUGAAAAGUCAGUCAUUACUGUACAUGUUCGUAUUAAAAAAUUAGAAUACCGCAAAAACAAAUGUAUCAUUCAGAUUCAUUACAUGUACUGUAAAAUAUGUAAUGUCUUUAUUUCUUGUAUUUUGAUUAUUCUGGCUUACAGAUAAUAAAAGCCCAAAAUUCA